AUGUCGCUCGCCGCCUUUUCGCAGUACUCUCUUGCGGCGGUGGUACGCAGCCUCCGCAGUGCCCCGGGCGGGACAGAGGAGGCGGCAGUGGACAAGUACAUCGCAGACACGAAGAAUGAGGCAAACGUUGCAGAUCCGCAGGUCAAGAUGGUGGCGAUUCAGAAGGCAACUUAUUUUUAUAUGCUUGGGUACAGCUCGCAGUACGCAAACUUCCGCAUUGUAGAGCUGAUGGCGAGUCCUUUUUUUCUACACAAACGCGUCGCCUACCUGGCUGCCUGCCUGACUUUUACCGAAGACACGGACGUGAUUCCCUUAAUGACGGCGUCGCUGAAGCGCGAUUUGAGCAGCAGCAACCAAUUUGAGGUUGGCCUUGCCUUGUACUGCAUUGCAUCAAUCUGCACCCCUGACAUGGCGCAAGACGUUGUGGUGAAUGUUGUCAACCUACUCAGCCACCCUCGGGCGUACGUGCGCAAGAAAGCGACGCUCAGCCUCUACCGCGUCUUUCUGAGCUACCCUGAGUCUCUGCGUGUGACGUACGGUCGACUAAAGGAGAAGCUCGAAGACAAUAACGAAAAGGCUGACACCGACCCCGCGGUGCGCGGCGCUGUUGUGUGUGUGCUGUGCGAGCUGGCACGCCGCAACCCAGCCAAUUUUCUAGGGUUGGCGGUCCCUUUCUACUCCCUCCUGUCCUCCGUACACAGCAACUGGACACUGAUCAAGAUUGUGAAGGUGUUUGGCUACUUUGCGCCGCUCGAGCCGAGGCUCGGAAAGAAGCUUGUGGAGCCCAUCACAAGUCUCAUCAGUACCACCACCGCCAAGUCGGUACAGUACGAAUGCCUGCUGGCCGUUGCGAACGGAAUGAGCCAAGUGUUGUCGCUGAAAAAGUUGGCAGCAGAAAGGAUUCGCAGUUUUGUUGAAGACGCCGAUCCCAACUUGAAGUUCCUCGGGCUGGAGGCACUCUCCCUACUAGUCUCCUCCUCCGAAAAUCGGAAGCUGCUCACGGAUCAGAGAGAGGUGGUGCUGAGAUGUCUGAACGACCCGGACAGUACGAUUCGACUCAAGGCUCUGCACUUGCUUCGAGAUCUGACAACGCGCAAGACGGUGGUGUCACACAUCAACCAAAUGUUGGAUCGCUGUGUGCGCACCCCACUAGACGAGGAGUGGUCGAACGCCGUCAUCCGCACGAUUAUCGAAACAGCGCAGACGAACGACUAUGAGUGGAUCCUAGAUUUCGAGUGGUACCUCAGUGUGCUGCUUGACCUAUGCGUGGUGGAGCUGACGGUCUACACCCACGGCGCCUUCAUGGAGCAGGAGCUGGUCUGUAUUCUGUCGCGCGUAAGCGGCGUGCGGCGGGCAGGUGUGGAGGAGAUGGUGGGGCUGCUGACGCAUGUGCGCUUGCUCAGACGCGACUGGCAGCACUCCACACAGUGGCGCAUCCUCUGCGCCGCUGCCUUCAUCUGUGGCGAGUAUCCGCAUUGGGUUCCUGACAUUGCGGAGACAUGCCGGGCACUUCUCGCUGAACCCAUCACGCUACUGCCUGCGGAAGCGCAGCUGGCGUGUGUCACAGCGGUGGGAAAGAUCGCCGCAUACGUAUAUCAGCCGUGCGCUCGUCAUGUCGAGCUGCGCAAUGGUGAAGAGGACUGCCGUGGCGCCGAAGAGGGAGAGGAGCGGAUAGUCCCGUCGCUCGCGAACCUAAUACAAACGGUGUUGCUGCCGGAAACAGAUGAAGUGAGCGUGGUGCUCGACAGCUCCGCUGAACGCGAUGCGAGGGGCGCCGUUGCGCAAGCUCACCGUGGUCUUCGACGCUUCUGCCAUAGCACCUUCCCAAGUGUGUCAGAACGGGCUCUUCUGGUGGAAUAUCAAGUAGUGGAGCAACCUGAGGUAGGCCCGAAACUGUACGAGGCGGACCUCCCCCCAGUGGCUGUCGGAGCGCAGGAUGCGAUCGAGAUACCGGAAGGACUGGAUUUGGAUGCCCCCUUCUGCGAGAACGUGGCGGCACUCAUGUCCCUGAGCGGCAGUGAGGACAGCGACGGCAGCAACGGUGGUCUCGGUGAUGGUGAGGGGGAUGACUUGGACUCGAAUUUCAACUUGGAGUACCGCAUUGAGCAGCAGCGCCGCACAGAGCAGGCGCGACGGGAGGAGAUGGCUGCCUACUACCUGCGUGACUCAGCAGACGCAAACGUAGUCGUACCCAAGGAUUUUGGUGCCUCACCGCCGCCGCCCCGCUCCGUGCAUCAGAUUGAAAGCGAUGACGGUCUUGACUCCCAUGCUGGCGCGGCGUCCCACCACAACCGACACACGCGUACACGUCGUCCACAGAAGGUCUUCAGCAUCAACCGCCAACUGUCAAAGCCGGCGGACUACGAGAAGAAGAAGGUGACGCAGCUGCGUCGAUCAAACUCACCUGAGGAAGACGAAGCGACGCGCAAGUUGCGCAGUAUCGACGUUACUCGCGCUCUUGGCGCGGAUGAACGUUUGCCGGAGACACUGUCCUAUGAGCAGCUUCUCCAGAAGCAGCAGCAGAACAGGGGCGGUAACCGCUUGCGCGUAGAUGCAAUGGCGGCACUUCAGGCCUCUGAGUCGGCUCCAGUUACUCUGUACAACCAGAGUCCACUGCGGUUGUACAUGACGGUGACAGGCUGCAAGGUGCGCAGGGACGGCUUUCACCUCAGUUGUGCUGUGGAGUGUGUUAACAGCACAAGCAGCAUUGUUGUUCGCGACAUUCAGCUGACACUUGUGCCGACGACCACUGUUGACAUGGGGAACGUCGCCCUGCAACUGGAGGCGGUGGAGUCCGAGGUAGCGGAGGACGCGGGUGGUGGCACCUCCCUGACAAUAGCCGAGAGGCUGAAGGGUUCCGCGAUGGUGCGGGUGCCGAUUGUUGUGCGGCUAAGCCGCCUACCCCCGUCUUUUGCAGACGCGCCGCUGUCGCUGAACCUCACCUGGACUGCGGAGCGUAAGCAUUGCCAGGCAGGGCUGACACUACUGCUAGAGUAUGUCUACUUCACGAAGCCUGUGUUGCCUGGCUCCGUGCUCACCUCUCACGAGUACCUCGAGGAAGUUGUUGGCAAGAGCCUAGCUGCAGCCCCGAUAGCCACUGCCUUUCUGCCGUGCAGCAAGACGGCGAUCAUGACUGGGGUUGUGGCUGCCAUGCCGCAGCUGCGCCUUUCCCCGAUUGACGUGUUCAAGGAUGCGCUCUCCAUGUACGGUCUUCUGCACGGCCGUAAGUCAGAACUGGCACGCACGCAUGUGGCGGUGCUGCUGCAGGAGCAGGAGGUGGAUGGCUCAAAAGGAAUUCUAGUGAUGGUGCGGUGUCACUACCCCAUGUUGAGCAAGGCGCUCAUUCUGAAGCUGGCGGAGCUGGUGGGUGUACGCUAA